AUGGCUAUUGUCAAUGGAACCAUUGAUAAGAUCGGAAUGACCCCCUUUCAAUGGAAGCUGUUUUUCCUCAACGGGUUUGGAUACGCCGUGGACUCGCUCUUGAUCGUCUGCCAGUCCAUCGCGCAGCCCGCAGUAGUAAAAGAAUAUGGGAAUCCCAACAAACAUGUCGCUGGAAUCUCUCUUGGAUCUCAGAUCGGAUUGCUGGUUGGCGCAGCCUUUUGGGGGUUAUCGGCCGACAUUAUUGGACGUCGAUUUGCGUUCAACACCUCUCUGUUCCUCGCUGCCAUUUUCGUGGUGAUCGCAGGAGCCAUGCCAGGAUACAUCCCCUUUGCAGCAUUCGGUGGGGGGAAUUACAUUCUCGACACUACUAGCCUGCUUGAAUUUCUCCCCAGUGGGCAUUCCUGGCUGGUUACAUUCAUGUCCAUCUGGUGGGCUGUCGGCUACACCGUCGCAGGGCUCCUGGCCUGGGCUUUCAUGAGCAAUUACAGUUGCCCGGCUAAUACAACACCCGCUACAUGCUUGCAACGUGAGAAUAUGGGCUGGCGGUAUCUGCACUUUACCUGUGGAGGGCUGGUUCUGAUCUUGAGCAUCCUCCGUCUUUUUAUAGUCCGGAUGGUGCAAACUCCCAAGUGGCUGAUCGCCCAGAACCGCGAUGAGGAGGUGGUCCAGCUCCUGGCUGCCCUCGCCGAGAAGUAUAAUCGGCCAUUCGACCUCACACUGGAGGAUCUGCGUAAGGAGGGUCAUGUCAUCUAUACAGAGAAAUCGGCCUGGUCCUCUCUUCGCAUCUCACAGCAUUUUCUCGGACUUUUUCGCACCCGCCAGCUAGCUUGGUCCUAUACGGUAAUCAUCCUCAAUUGGCUCGUCAUUGGCAUGGUCAGCCCUCUCUACCACGUCUUUCUGCCUUACUAUCUCCAGUCCCAGGGCCGGAAGGUUGGCGGCGGCUCCACCUAUAUGACGUGGAGAAACUAUGCUAUCAAUCAAGUUUCGGGGCUGGUGGGACCCAUCUUUGCUGCCAUUCUGGUGGAAAGCAAAUUUCUUGGACGUAGGGGCACUAUGGCACUGGGCGCCCUACUGACGAUGGUGCUGCAGUUCGGAUACACCCAGAUCCGAACUCCUGCGCAGAACGUAGGCGUCUCCGCUGCAAUUUCAGCGGCCUCAAACAUGUACUACGGCACGAUCUACGCCUACACGCCCGAAAUCCUCCCUUCCGCUCAUCGAGCCACAGGGUACGCCCUCUGCGUCGUCUUGAACCGAGUGGGAGGCAUCAUGGGCGUGCUCGUUGGCAGCUAUGCCAAUGUUGAAACGACGGCUCCACUCUUCGUCUGUGCUGCGCUGUAUGCGUUGCUGAUUGUUUUGAGUCUCCUCCUUCCAUUCGAGAGUCGUGGAAAGAGGAUCCAAUAGGCAGCAAAUGAAGCUCCAGGGUCUGCUCCUGAGGAAGGGACACGCUGUGCAUCGCGCAAGAUACGGGCCAAAUGGGGAAUGGACUUGCCGCCGAAUGUCGGAAGGCGUUGGUCUGGAGUUCGUAUUCAUAGAUAAUUGCUGCCGAGUUCAGCCAGUGUAGCCGGAGCUCGGAGGAAUGCGUCCUUAUACAUAUUUCAAUAUAUCCGCGCGAUAGGUCUAGACUUUCCAGAUGGUGAUCUCCUGGCAAGACUUCUCCAGUCGCUAGGCGAAGCCACGAGGUAGAUCGCCAUAUCACUAGCACGUCUCGAACUGAAAAGUGCCCGGUGGUCGGGCGGUUUAUCCAGCACUGAUGGGGAGCUUCCAACUUUACCUUCGGUCUCUCUUAGUCCUUUCUCACAGACAAUAUAAAGUGGGCGCCACGUGGGAUACGUACGCAUCCUCUAUGAUGCAAUGACGGGGG